GGUUCACUGAAGGAAACAUGGCGGUCCGCACACGACUGUCCUUGGUUUUCCAAAAACCUUUCUCCUUGUUCAGAAACCAGAGAUAUGCACACACGGAGGCCGUGGCAAACGUGACUGCGUAUCCAGCGGUCCUUCCUUCCCUGACGGCGAAGAGUUCAGCUGCCCAGGGGCGGCGGGUUGAAGAAACUAUCAAGAAGAUUGACAGCGCCGACGUUCAGGACAAGCUCAAUUACCUGACUCGCAUCGAGCGGGAGAAAUUCGUAAUUUAUCCCCAGACGUUUGCUCGAAACGCGGAUAAGUGGUAUCAACAUUUCACCAAGACCGUUUACAUUCCCGGCUUGCCCGAAAAAUUCAGCGUUGACGCGGGGCCGGAGUUACGGUUACACGGCAUCGAUGAUGCUGCGUUCGCGGCCCUUCGUACAUUGGUGACCCACGCCAUUCUCCAGGAGCACUGGUACACCAAGAAGAGGAGAGUGUUUCUGUCUCGGCAUCAAGAGUUGGUGGUGGGACCCUACCUCAGGAACCUGGUGUCCGGCCUUACCCACUCGAUGGCUAAAUACAACCCGCUGCUGAUGCGCGCCAGUUUAGAUCUGAACCCCCAGGUGAACUUUUACUGGAGAAAUGGCCAGAGGAUCAUCCCAAGGGGCCACAGAAGAGGCCACAGGGAACCGACCAGGUUCCAGAUCGAUGACCUCCCACACAGCCAGAUCCGAGUCAUGGAGCAGCUGCCACAAUUUUGUCCAAUGGAGGUGUCUUACGAUGCAGAGGUUCCUGAGAUUGCAGCCGCUCCCAACACAAUGCCGUUAUUUAAAAGACAAUAUAAAAACAACAUCUUCACAGGUUCAAAGCUUCCAGACCCGGCGUGCUAUGGUCAUACUCAGUUCCACCUCAUUCCAGACCGGUACCACAGAGAUCGGAUGGCACGUCAAGAUAAGUCGGACCAGAUAGAGGUCUUCAUCAGAGCUAAUGGCAUCGCCAGUCUCUUUGCCUGGACUGGAGCUCAGGCCACUUACCAGGGAUUCUGGGACCGCUCGGACGUCAACCGGCCAUUCACAUCUCAAGCUGUCAUCACGGAUGGACGCUACUUCUCCUUCUUCUGCUACCAGCUCAACACCGUGGCACUCUCGCAUGAGAUGAACAGCAAAAGCCCGAGGAAAAAUCUCAUGUGGGGCACAGAGAGUCUUCAGCUGUUUGAGACUGUGCAAGACGGACAAGUGGUGGGCCUGAACGAUGACGUCCUCAGACUCCUGGCUCUGUUUCUGCUGAAUCGACAUUGACGAUGCCAGCCAUCUCCAGGCCAGAAGCAUGUUUAAAGGUUAAAAACUAGAUCAUGCGGAGCGAGUGUAUGAAAACAUAAAAUGCUUCCAAAUCAAGUUCC